AAAAUGACGAUUUUAUCACCGUUUCAACUAUUAGAAAUAAAUAUAAUAUCCGCUCAAGAUGUUGCCGAGGUUUCACGGUCCAUGAAAACCUAUGCGGUUGCAUGGGUUCACCCGGAUCGAAAGCUCACGACUCGUGUCGACGACAACGGCGGAACCAACCCAACAUGGAAUGACAAAUUUAUCUUUCAGGUAGAUAACCAAUUUCUUCAAUCAGACAUGUCUGCCAUCAUGAUCGAGAUCUAUGCACUACAUUGGUUUCGCGACAAGCAUGUGGGAACCGUACGAGUUCUUGUGGGCAACCUUGUUCCUCCUCAAACAAAGGCUUAUAAUCAAAAUCACAUUGGCAUGCGUUUUGUGGCACUGCAAAUCCGUCGCCGUUCAAGUCGCCCGCAAGGGAUCUUAAACAUAGGUGUGACUGUCCUCGACAGCAACAUGCGUAGCAUGCCAUUGUAUACUCAAAUUAGUGCCGUUGGGUAUCAGAAGUUGAUGGGACAAGAUGAGCUCCAUAGCCAUCAACAAGGAAAUAGCAACAAGAGUUCAGGUCAAGUUAAGAUUCGACGUUCAAAAAGUGACAGGAGUUCCGUACUCGGUAAUAACUACGAUAUCUAUAACGAUAUUACCCUCCAUAAGCCAAAUAACGCAACAAUCAAUGAUUCCGAUAAAGGCUCUAUGAUUGGAGUACUAAGGAAUAAGAAAGGGGGAAACUUUAUCUAUGAUAAGCCCUUAUCAAUAAUAAAUGGAGUUGAGGCUGCAUCUAAUUUAGGUUUAGCUGUAAAAUUAAAAGCUCAAAAAGGGAAAAAGGCAGAAUCAAUUGUCGGGUACCCGACAACUUCAUCAACCAAAGAGAUCGCCAAUAAAAAGACGUUUUCAACCAAAACUCGAUCCGACAUUGGAGUUGUACCACCAUUGUUAAUGAAGGAUUUAAAGGGACUAAAGAAAAAUAAUAAUGAAAACAACAUAGGCUAUAAGAAGCACAAUUGGUUGCCAAAUUACACAAUGAAGAAAGACUUACCAGCCGGGUCAAUAUGGUCAGAGUCGGAAGUAGGCCCAUCACCGUCAGAAGUGGCAGCAGCAAUAGCACAUGACAGCAAGUACCAAAAGAUGGACGACCGGGGAAGUUCAAUAAUAAUGGACGAAACAUGGAGUGGCAUAAACAAGACCGAAGGGGUUAGAACGAAGCUCGAGAGGUGGAGAACAGAUAUACCCACAACUUAUGAUUAUAGUUGUUCAUAUAGCGGAAGUGGUAGUACAAGUAGCAUUUUUCCAAGGACUAACCAUACUCGACGACACACUGCUGCCGACGGUGGAGGAAAAUUCUCCUGCUUUAGUAAUAUAUGUGGGUAUGAGUGCUCCAUUGUUUGUGGUAGAAAUGAGGACGAUAGCAGUCAUGCUAAAGGCAAGUAUCUUGCCCACGCUCCUUCCUUAGAUUCUAUGUCUACUUAUUUGUGA